UUACAAAUUCCUGGAUCCUUGGCCUCCACAGAGAAUGACAAAUGGUGGACAAUCGAGGGAUUCACCGAAGAACAACUAAUUCCGGCGGAUUUAGCCGAGAUGGCGGACUACCACAGACUUGAAGCCACAUACGGACUUGCUGUCCCAGAACGCGCCCAACCCACUUUUUGUUUCAUGCAACUUCCGCCACAAACAAAAGAUCCCUUAUCCCUCCCAGUUGGCAUCAAUGCUAAUAUGGCAUUGCAGAGUGACAGAAAAACUCCCAUAUCCGAAGAGAAAAAUGGUCCUCUUGAGGGCUUAAAAUGGAACAAUUGGAUCUUCAAAGAGGGGAUUGUGCCUCUCUACCUCCUAUUCCUACGACACCUUAUGAAGCUCCAUGGAACAGGUGGCUACCGUUUUUGGCCGGCACCGCCCUCUGAGCUCAAAAACCCUGACCAUGCAUCCUUGACUAUCUCCACUGAAUUUUGGAAAAAGGUGGGUAAAAGCUUAUAUGAUCUAUACCCUCAAGCACCCCCUCCUCUCCUUACUCCGCGGAAAAGCCAAUCACAGGCCACCGAAAAUCUCAGCAUCAAGAGGGUUAUUUUCGACUUUCUAAGCCCGGGGCAAAGCAAGUUUAUAGUCCCACUCCUCAUGCAACUGGGUAUUACAAAUAUAGUAACACUCCCUCCUACCAUUAUGAAAGGAUUGACAGGAGCUACCACAGACGAAGUAUCGCUAUUAUCAGUAACUCCGGCAUAUGUGCAUGAUAUACUUCGCAACCCAACUCGAUGCAAAUUGCUUCAAGACCACUGGAAGAAGGACCCAGGGAACCUAGCAAGAAACACCAGCAUGUUACUAUCCUUCCUCUUACAAGACACAUCGGAGGAUUGCUUGACCGGGUGUUCACUUCUCCCCCUCGACGGUGGGUCCUGGGGAACCUUCUCGCGAAAGUCAACUUCCCAGAUCCAGUACUUCACCUCUAGAACUCCCCUGGAGCGUAGCAUCCUGGAAAUCACAGAUGGGAGACUGGUUUCCAAAGAUCUUGAGUGCAAUGUGAUCAAUGGAUUGUUAGAAAAGAUGAAUAUCUCUCUGCUAAGUUUCGAUCAUAUACCCUCAUUAUGUCGGUUGGUGGAGUCGAAAGAUCCUGAAUACCGAAAGACCUGGCUCGCCAACGUAUGGGAGUAUUUUACAUUUUGUGUCGAGAAAGAUCCCGCCUACAUGGAUUACUAUCUCAAAUCCAUUGAAUCAUUGCCGGUAUACUGUGGGUCUGUAGUGGGUAAACCAGGUAGCCUACGGUUCCUUACUCCUUUGAGCUUUGCUUCUGGAAGCCCCCCAGCAAUCAUCGACCCCAAUAUUCCCCCUUCGGAAAAAGGCAAAUCGGCACUUUUCCAAGCACUAAACGGCCUAAUACUGGUGAACAGAUCGACAUUUCCUAAAACAGGGUUGAUCGCCGAGUCGUUGUCAUGGCCACAAGGCGUCCGUCGCCUUAUCAAAUCUAUCGGUUCCUUACCUUCCACAAUACACACAGCCCAUUCAUUGAGUCAGAUCUUCUCCGGUAUGCCCGCGGAAGGCGUUGAGGCUCUGAGCAAUCUUAUCCUCCCUCACAUUUCACUUCUAUUGAACGAGGACUACUCACUAGUGGGCACGUUGAAGCAGCUUCCGAUAUGGCCUGUUCUCUCGUCGUCUUUCCAAUCCGCAGAAAAGCUAAAGUUGGCUCCCCAUACAAGCCUGACUUUGACAAGAAUGAUAGACCAAACCACCUUUUUAAGACCAGAUCUAGCUUCCAAACACAGAGAUGAACUACAGAAAUUGGGUGUUCCGCAACUAUCCUACCUAGAUUUUUUAAACAACGAGGUUGGCCUAGCUCGCGGAUACCUACCAGACAAGAAAAUUGGGGAGUACCGAAAGUUUACCGAAAUAGUUUAUAGGGUGAAACCCGGCAUCUUCCAAUCCUACAACCUAGCUGUGAAUGGAGAUCUCUGCUUCUGUUUACCAAUUACCCUCUAUGACUCUUCGGUGCAUUUAUUCCAGGCAGCGUUCCGAGACCAAGAAGGUUCAAGAUUCCUACACAAAGAACUAGUCGGGUCGGCCAUUUGGAAAGCCUUCCUGAUCCAGAAUAUUUCGGGUCCAACAUAUAUCGAGUGUGCUCGGUCGAUCGAGCGCCGAAAUAACCGAACACUCCCAGACGAUCAACUCGAAUCUGACUCGUGUACCGUAUUCAACCAUUUAUGUUGGGACUAUCAGGAGAUGCACAGUUGGCCUGUGUCCGCAUGGGAAAGUCUCUCCAAUAUACGCUUUGCGCCAGCUCAAGAGGCUAUCACGUCUUCGGGCCAUUCACAAUUAAGGAGUAAUCAGGGGAAAAUAUUCCGUCAGCGGAAUAGGCUCAUAGCACUUUCAGAAGCCGUGGACCCAAAAUUUGAGGGAAUCUCAUGGAGCCAAAAGCCGGUGCUCCCGGUAAGAAUGGGUCCUUUGGCUCUCGGGAAGAUAACGUCGAAUAAACCGAUGAUUACACCAACAACAGUGCUAGGACAUCUCGAAUUCCUUGCAUCACACCGUGAGAUAAUAACGAAAGCAGAGCUCCCACCGCGUAUCUCCGAAAUCAAGAAGGCCUAUGAAUACCUUGAGGAAAAGGUGCCCGCCUACGCUAUUCCAGAAAGUGUGCCAAUCUGGCUCAAUGUCGAGAACGAAGACCUGGUGGGGAUGACACCAGAAACCUUUCGAAAUUCCUGGUCGUGCACUAGGGAUCUUUGCCUCAAUAGCAACUACGACUCUGGGGAAAUCAAGCGCGUCCGCUCCUUCCUAGGCCGCUUCCACCAACUCUUGGUCCAUGCUCGCGUACGCAGAAUAAUACCCCCACCGUCAAUCCCCGAGCCCGGUAAAACACAAUCCCCAAUCCUCGAAGGCCUCCUCAAUCUCCGCGAACAGAAAGCGCUCUUCGACGUCACGAUAACUGCGCCUCCCCAGACUUUCAAGGCACAUAAAGUUGUUCUAGCUUCCGUAUCCGAGUACUGGAAAGGCAUGUUCACAUCGAACUGCAGGGAAUCAUCUACCGCCGAAAUCUCGCUCCAGGAUGAUCCGAGCACGGUCAAGGUUCUACUCGAUUACAUUUACACCAACAAGUUCAUCAAGCCCCCACGUGAGGACGAUGUCACAAGGCAACUUGAGAACUUACUCGACCAACUAGAGAAGUCGGAGAAAUGGCUCCUGCCAAGCUUCCAGCAUUCGAUGGAGAAUUACCUGUCAGACCCUCACUGGAUUCGUCCCGAAACAGUCAAGCCCAUAUUGAGAAGUGCUAAGAUGUAUAAGGCCGAUCGACUCGCUGACGUUUGCAGGAAGUACAUUGAGAACAAUAGGGUGAUUGUUGAGAGGGAAUCACCUAACGAGGAAUAAGAGUCGUGAUGCUAGAGAUUUCGCGUUUUUUCAGGAUUUUCUUUUUCUUUUCACCCUCCAGAUCUCCUUGCGGUUAAGUAAAAUAGCAUAGGGCGAUAUCAUAGCUUCUUCAUACGUGUUUUUUUGUCCCCUUGUUUCUCUUUUUUUCUGGUGAUUUUGGAUUUUGGAUUUGUUGUUUGCCUGACUUUUUUUAGCCCAGCUAGUCUUGUUAUCUGGCCACAAUAAUUACUGUCAUAAUAUU